CUCCGUCCGGAGUCAGUUAGGUUCGAGCCGGUGUCGCGUUUAGUUUACCACACGAUCGUGAGCGCGCGCGAGAGAGAUCGUUAAAGUUUCAACUAAGCCUAGCCUACCAGAGGGAAGACUGUGCUGUAGUUAAACGCCUGGAGAUUAUUGGAUCGGACUUAUCGUAAGCAGCGAAGCAGAAACGAAUCAGCACUACAAAAGCCAUCAUGCGGCGGACCGGUUUGUCGAGUGGUGGUGGAGCCGGAGCUUCGGCUUGUGGGCUUUGGGCCGGCUUUUGGUGCCUCGGUUUGGCAUUGUUGUCAUUUUCGGCACUGGUCACGGCACAGUUCACCGACGAAUACGGCUUCGAUAUCGAUGAGACAACGACCAGCCAAAACACAAUGCAAGGCGGCAGCUUCGCUGGAGCAGAAACCGAAGGAAACAGCAAUAACAACAACAACAACAGCAGCAUGCGAUGCUGGAGUUGCGUAGCCAAGUACCGAAGUUGGUCCGAUUGCCAAAACUUGGAGGAGAUGCAGUACUGCGAGGACCCGGAUGUAACCACCUGUAUGAAAAGCUCGAUCCGCAUUGAGGGCCAGCUGGGAGGGGAAACUCGCUACCACCGGUUGGCCGGAUGUGGCAAGAACGAGAGCGCCCUCCGCGAGGCGUACUUCGAAUUUUUCGAGAUAACCUUCGGCGAGAGCGAUCGUGUCACGCUGGAAGAGUUCAGCACCUGCGAGGGUCCGUUGUGCAACGUGAUGGACGAGGAGGCACUGCUGCGUGGCAAGUGGCGCGUGGUGCACGGAAAUGUGCUGACGGGGGCCGGGGGGAGGGUGGCGGCCGGGUCGCUCGUCACGCUGCUGAUGGGUGGUGUUUUAGCAAUAAGUUCACUCGUGUAAAGAAAGAGGGGGUUUGGAAAUAAAUCAACGGUAUUAUUGCACCAAACAA